AUGUCCAGUAAAUAUCAUACUGUGUCUACGAUUGCGCAGCACCAAACUGCACGAGUUAUGCCAACAACCACUACUACUACACCCAUUGAACCACAGCAACAACAGUCUUCCAUUUCUAAAGUGUUCAACUCUCCAAUAAUGAUGACCACUGGUACUCCAAAGGCAGCCAACCACAAUGCUCGAGGUCAAACCACCACCACGAACAGCAAUUCUUCUUCAUCCGCUCAACAGUAUGCAUAUUCAGAUUUCAAACAAGUACUCACUCCAAUCAAAACUCAAACUAGACUUCAACAGCAUCACAGCAACAAGAUCAAUCAACUAAGAAAUACAAGUACACCGAUCCAUGUCGACCAAACGUUAAGCAUUUCUUCGCCAAGAAAAACUUUAGAAAAACAACAUGCAGUGAAGCCUCAUACCCCACAACAACAACAACCCACAAAAUCACACACAAGUGUCAAUGGAUUAGAUGUAUUUCUCAACAACCUCAAUAACAACAAGGAGAACAUCUUUCCAUGCAGUCACCACCUGUCUUCCACUUUUCCAUCAAAAACAAGCACUUUACCUCAUAUUUCGUCAGCACCAACUCUAGAUUCUAAGCAACCAUCAACUUUUCAAUCCGAAGAAGGUAAAAGCAUUGAAUCCUUAAUUUUACGCCUCCUCUCUCUUGAAAAUCCCGUGGUAAAUAAGAAAAUGACCAAUGUUUUCAGUGCAAGCGAUGACAACUUUAUCAAGCUCUUAAAAGUUAUAACAGAUCCUCUUUCUAUUGGAAUUACAAAGAAAGACUCGUUGGUUAUGGGAGAGAAGCUUCUUCAAAUCAUAUUUGCAUCUUCAGGACCUUUCGAAGAGCUGAUUUGCAUGAACCUCACGAUCUCAUUGAAAGAGCUUUGCAAGUCGUUUGGAUCUGGCCAUUAUUUUCACGAUGAAUUGGUUGUAAAGCUCAUCAAACAACUUUACAUCAUGUACAGAACUCGAGUUUUCACAAACAUUCAGUCCAACAACCUCUUCCCGUUUAUUUCUUCCAACACUGGUUUGGUAUUAUAUUUGCUCACUGAGGCUGUUUCAGUUUCUACAAAACUUGAAGACGAUAGGCUUAAAUUUGUUGAGUAUUUUUGCUCACAAAGCUCAUACUGGAAGCUUACUGAAGCUACCUUUUUUGUAGAGUUAUGGCAAUUAUCUGUUAAGCUGCUACAGGAUCACAAUUUUGGAUUGAUGUUUCAAAAACUUCAAGAGUCGCUGUUCUCAAAAGUGAUCGAUCAAUGGCUAGAUGCUGUAAAAAAACGAGAAUCGUAUGAACAGGCUGUAGAAUAUCUUCAAUUACUCAACAAUCUAGUAAGGGAAACAAGCAAUUCACCGUUGGAGAUUGUGACAAAUUUUCAUUUCAAGCUUUUGAAAACUCUUCUUGAAAAACGAUUCACUUUAUUGACUUUCCUUCUUGUUGAUGACUACAACAUGAGAACCUAUCAAUAUGGAGUUCAAUUUUCGGCCUAUUCUGUUAAAAGCAGAUUUACUGCCCUGAGAUUAGAGCUUGUUUAUUUGAUUACUUUUGUCGUUCACUUUUCAUAUUUGGAUUGCAUUGAGAAAUCUGUAUUCCAAUUGUAUCCAUUUGAGACCAACCAAAUGAUUACUAUUUUAACUGAAUACUUUUUUACAUAUAACCAUUGCAAUGUUUUUCAUAAUAUUUACUGCAUUUUAUUCAUGGAAGUAAUUUUUAGAAAUGAAGGAUGUGUUAUAAGACAUUUUUUGGAAUGCUUCUUCCAAAAGUCCUUACAAUUAUAUGAAAUCAAACAUAAGGUUGAUCAGUGGGGUCACACACUCCAAUUACUCAACAUGAUUCGAUUAAGUUCGAAAUGUUCAGGUAGAGACACAGAAAUUAACAAAUUCUUGUUUCAACAGCACUUGAGUGAAUGGACCAAAUUCGAAGAAAUCAUUGUUCAACAAACAUUAUUGAUGGAAGGCCUCAAGUCAUGCUCAGAGAUUGACAUUGGAAGCGCUUUUGCUGAACGUUUUGGUUUUUUGGAAUGUGACCGAUUGCUUUGA